AUGGCGCCUGUCGCUGUAAGCAGCUCGCCAAAUACAACGGACGCCCUUCGCUCGAAGGUGGUAGCCGCUUCGCCCGAUGUCACCUUUGCUCCCGCCAGCGAACCAUAUCAACGUCGUCUGAAGCUCGUAGAGAGCGACCCAGGUGAGCUGGAGAUCACCUUCCCUCUCGUGCUCAAGCCCGUUCGCAGCGCCGCAAACCUGACCGCGGCUCAGGUUGUCGAAGCAGCGAAAUCAUUUGCGCCCGCUCCGUCCGCCGAAUACAAGCCUUCCAAGCUGCAACAGUUGAUGGAUGCACACGGUGGAGCAGUCCAUUUCAAAGGCUUGCCCAUUCAGGAUGCCGAUGAGUUUAGCAAGUUCAUGCACGCUCUUGCCGGCACGCUACCGCCGAACGCAGGAGCUGGAGAACGAAACAACCUUCUCGUGCACCACGUCGACAAAGGACUCAUGGUCAUCCGUCACGCAAUGGCUCCCAACGUAGCCACCGCGAACGAAGGUCCACCCCACCAGUCCAUCGGCUCGCACAACGAAUACGGUCUCUCGACCCACUACCCUUCCAUCAUCGCCUUCUGCUGUCUUUCGCCGCCAACGACAGGUGGACAGACACCGAUCGUCAACAGUCUUGCGCUCUACGAUCGGCUCAAGUCAACAGUACCCGGCUAUAUCGGAAAGAUAGAGCGUCGAGGGUUGACGUUUGUCAUCCACCACCCUGUUGCAAAGGUGCAAGGCAGCGUUCAGGGUAAUAGCCUGUACAAUGCCGAUUCGUUUGGUCCGACGCCGGAAGCCAAAGUGGAUUUGAAAAGUUUGAACGAGGAGCAGAAGCGAAAGCUGGUAGAGGAGAACGUCCUCGAGCUUGCGCGCGAAGGUGGAUGGUCUGACUCACACGCUGGUGGUGGAGAUGCGACAGAAGAAGGGGAAGGAGGAAAGUUGGGAGCGUGGCAUGAAAGAGGCUUCUCAUGGACAUGGCUCCCCGAUGGAUCGAUCAACGUCUUCCAGCGUGUCCCCGGAAUUCGCAUCCACCCGACACUUCAGAAACCUGCCUACUUCAACAACGUCGGCAACCGCUACGCCUACUCCAAGGAACACGGAUGUCUGCAACCACCGCACUACUCGGAGGAGAAGAAAGACUUUUUCCCUCCACCAUCUUUCCCCCUUCUCCUCGACCGAGAAGGUGGAGCUGCUUCAGACCAGGAAGACGAAAGCAUCCCUCUCGAGUGGCUCGAAGAAGCCCAUCGAUGGACCGAACGACUGCAAGCCCACGUCGAAUGGGAGCAAGGCGACGUGUUGGUGAUCGACAACCUUGCAGUCCAGCACGCCAGAACACCCUGGACCGGCCCCCGAAAGCUCGUCGCAAGCCUCUGGGACCAGCGGUCGUAUCUCGACAAGAACGUGCCCAUUCGCACAUGA